GUGCAGGGGCCGUCGCGGCGACCCGCACCAGCCGUUAAAGCUCGCCUGGCCAGGCCGCGGCCCUCGCCCUCGCCCUCGCCGGCGCGGGGCUGAGGGGAGCGGGGCGGGCGGUGGCGGCCAUGGCGCUGCGCGGCGGCCGGCGCUGGGCGCGCUUGGCCGCGGCGCUGCGCGGCGGCAGCUCGGGGCGGCGGCACGGCGGGCGCGUCGGUGACACGCCGCAGUACCACGACUUGCGGGCGGCCCUCAGGAAGAUCAUCGACAAGGAGAUCAAUCCUUUUGUGGAUAAGUGGGAGGAAGAAGGACAGUUCCCAGCACAUAAAGUAUUUAAAACCCUGGGACAGGCUGGAUUCCUUGGUGUGGAUAAGCCAACAGAAUAUGGCGGCAUGGGCUUGGACUUCUCCUAUAACAUUGCAGUGGCAGAAGAGCUGGGAAAUAUCCGCUGCGGAGGUGUUCCUCUGGCUAUUGGAGUGCAAGCUGGCAUGGCUACUCCUGCUCUUACAAGGUUUGGCUCUGAUGAGUUGAAAAAACAGUUCCUCGUACCAACUAUAGCUGGAGAUUUUGUGGCUUGCUUGGGAAUCAGCGAAGCUGGAGCUGGGUCAGACGUUGCAAAUAUCAAGACGACAGCUGUGAGAAAAGGCGAUGAAUAUGUCAUAAAUGGUGGUAAGAUGUGGACUACAUCGGGGUGUCAAGCGGACUGGAUGUGCCUGCUGGCAAACACCAGUGAAGGACCUCCCCAUCGAAAUAAAUCUCUCAUAUGUCUGCCAAUGGAUCUACCUGGCAUUCAUGUUGCUAAAAAGAUAGACAAACUGGGCAUGAGGUCAUCGGACACAGCUCAGAUCUUUUUUGAAGACGUAAGGGUCCCCAGCAAAAACCUCAUCGGUGAGGAAGGAAAGGGUUUUACGUAUCAGAUGUUGCAAUUCCAAGAAGAGCGGCUGUGGGGAGUAGCCACUGUCCUGACACCGCUGGAAACUAUAAUACAAGAAACUAUUGACUACACUCGCCAGCGGAAAGUGUUUGACCAGUCCGUCCUGCACAACCAAGCUGUGCAUUUCCGCCUGGCCGAGCUGGCAACCGAAGUGGAGCUCCUUCGCUCGCUGCUGUACCGCACCGUGGCUCUCUAUGUGGAAGGCAACGAUGUGACAAAAUUUGCUUCCAUGACUAAGUUAAAGGCAGGUCGUCUGGCCCGUGAAGUGACUGAUAGCUGUCUCCAGUUUUGGGGAGGAAUGGGAUUCACCAGCGAGGUUCUGGUGAGCAGGUUUUACAGAGACUUGAGAUUAAUGUCAAUAGGAGGUGGUACAGAUGAAACCAUGCUUUCCAUCAUAUGCAAAUACAUGGAAACACUUCCAAGCAAGUGACGCAUUUCCACUCUUCCUUGAAAAUUAAGAAAGCAAGAGCAUGGCUUGUACUGCACACUGAAAGUAACAGCCAGUACGUUUCAAGGGUAGAAUAAGUAGAAAACGUAACAGUAAUUUUGCCAUUGAAAUGCUUGUCAAGUUCUUUAACCAUUGUCAUUCUAUGUGUUCUCCAAUGUCAAAUUUCUGUUGAUACAAAGCAGUCUGAAAGCAUGUGGCCUCCUGCAAGAUUUUUUUUUCCAUUAUUUUUUCAGUGAGUUACUGCUUUGGGGAGUCUAGUGAUCCACACUAAGCACCCAGCAAAAAUGUCUUCUUUAAUCAAGGUGUAUCUACAUUUUAGAGCAUCUAAGCUGCCAGCUAAGAAACAGAACUUCCAUAUGGAUACAGCUAUGAUUUCACUAGUAGCUUAAUCUUAUUUCAGUGUAGCUUUGCUUUCAAGAUCAAUAAUUAAGGCACAAAUUAUUCCCUGCCAUAUUAAAACACUGGACCAGUGAUUUUGCUCUCAAUUACAAGUACCUUCCCUAUCUUUCGCUUUUAGCAAGUACUCAUCAAAAUGAGCUCUGUCAUCUUUGCCAAGUUCACAUUGACUUGUUCUACACUGUCAUGGAUGUUUGGUGAUGGGAGUGGGGGUAGAUUGUUAUUUGUAGAAUUCUCCAAACAACUGUUUAAUUGUAUCUCAAGCUUUUGGAGGCCUGCACUUCAGCAGUAAGGUGUAAUGUUUUGGGUGUAAUUAAAGAAAAAUAUUAAAAAUAAACACAUUAAUAUGAAAA